AUGUUUUGUGCGAAAAGUCUUUGCAUUGAUGUGUUUGUCUCACACCUGAAGAUAUGGACUCAAGAAGUUGUGGUCAAUUGUCCGCAGAUAUGGCAAAGAUGCCAAUGAAUGGCACUCAAGAGGAAUAUCCGAAGGACUCAUUCGACAGAUUUGGCGAUGACUUAUGCGAAGUGAUAUUGUCUUACCUAUCAUUUGAGGACUGUUUCCGAUUUGAAUGUCUGUCCAAACAGUGGCAGAGAUCUGUAUUCACUUCAAGACAUAUCUUCUCUGUCAGUGAUAUAAUGCCGAAGAAGUCACAGUUUAAUGAGAUUACAGACAACGGUUGGAAAGCAUUGGAAUCAGUGGUCAAGAAGUGGACACACAUUACAGACAUUCAUAUUGACAUCGAUUCACAAGAUAUGGAGAGAGUGUUUGAAAUACUCAUGAAUUCUUACAAACACUUGAAGACAAUUGAUGUCCGAUUUAAGCCCAGAAUUGAUGUGCAAAUAAUAGACAGAAUUGUGUGUAAAUAUGGCUCACUAUUGACUGCUAUAUCAUUGCCGCCAUCGGGUUGUGAAGACGUGCUGGAAUUGUCAUUGACAAAACUUAGACAACUAUCGGGUGAAUACUGUGAUGAGAUGUGGUCAACGAUUGUCACCGAAAACAAUGAGUUAUUAUUCAAGAAUUUAACCCAAUUUCGAGUUCUUUACUCCUUAUCUGAUUGGCACCGAUUGACACCAUUUGUUGAUCACUACAAGAAUAGCCUGAAAUCACUUUCUAUUCGUAUCGAUAGACUGGAAACGUCUGCCGCAUAUAUUCUUCUAUUCAAACAGUUGUCACGAAUGAAAGCAUUACGAGAACUAAAUAUUCAAAUGAUUCCGAUUAUCAAUCCCAAGACCCUCGAGACUGUUGUUGAUUAUCACUGCAAGGAUUUAGUCAAUCGAUGGUCGCAUCUCAAGAGAUAUCAAUUGGUUCUGUGCUGUAAAACUGAUCCACACUUCAGUCGAUUAUAUGAAUCGGUGUGUCGUAUGAAACGCCUACAAAGACUUGAUUUCUUUGACUCCGUUGACACGCAUUUACCACACAUUGAGAGUCUGAAGAUUACCAGUAGAUUAGAGAUAACGCCGACUAUUGUCGCGAUUGUCGAGAAGUUACCGCAUCUCAAGUGCUUUGAUUGGGUCAACAAUACGAGGAAAUAUGACGAUUCCGAUGACUCCACGAGUAGCGAUGAGUACACCAGUGAUGUUUCGGUAAUCGUUUGA